GGGAGUUGUAGUCAUGGGUCAAUCCAACGUUUGCAAACCAACGGAACGCGUAUGGAAGAAGAAAACUUUCUUAAAAGCAUCUGGGUAGACAUAAGGAGAUACACUCUGUGCAAUUAAACUUACAGUUGAAGAGGGAAUUUAUACCAUAAAGACAUCAUCACGAAACUAACUUAAGAUAUGUUUGGAAUUUGUUCAAAUCUGUUUAAUAGCACGGUUAUGAAGUAGUGAUUUCUGUUAUACGGGGAGGCAGGGAUAGGCAAGGUGGGGGACCUGGAGAAACAUCCAGACCUACAGAGGAUGGACUGACCUGGGAAACAUCUGAUAAGGCACCCAACUCCACAAUGGCCUCCGAGGCCCCCAGCGUGGCCCCGUCCCCUCUGGGCUCCCCGGUCCACGCCGCGGCGGUCAACGGAGACCGCAGCGCCCUGCUGAAGCUGAUCACAGCCCAGCCCUCUCUACGGGACAACGAGGACCAGUUUGGGCGGACCCCUCUGAUGUACUGCGUGCUGGCGGACCGGCUGGACUGUGCCGAGGCCCUGCUCAAGGCAGGAGCGUCCGUCAACAAGACAGACCACAGCCAGCGCACCGCACUGCACCUCACAGCACACAAGGGCAACGUGCGCUUCUUGAAGCUGCUGCUGUCGAGGCGUGCAGACUGGUUGCAGAAGGACCUGGAAGGGAUGACCCCCCUCCACCUGGCCACCCGACACCCCUCCCUGAAGCCCCUUGCCCUGCUCCUCAAGCACAUCGGCCCCGGGGAGGUGGACACCCAGGACAAGAACAAGCAAACCGCCCUCCACUGGUCUGCGUUCUACAACCGGCCGGAACACGUGCGUCUGCUGAUCAAGCACGACUCCAACAUCGGCAUCCCGGACAGCGAGGGUAAGAUCCCCCUGCACUGGGCCGCCCACAGCCAGGAGCCCAGCGCCACGCAGACGGUCCGCUGCAUCCUGGAGGCGGCGCCCACCGAGUCCCUGUUGAACUGGCAGGACUACGAGGGCCGCACGCCGCUGCACUUUGCGGUCGCCGACGGCAACGAGGCGGUGGUGGACCUGCUGACCUCGUACCACGGCUGCAGCGUCACGGCGUACGACAACCUGUUCAGAACGCCGCUGCACUGGGCCGCGCUGCUGGGCCAUGCUAGGAUCGUGCACCUGCUGCUGGAGAGGAACACCUCAGGCACCAUCCCGUCCGACAGCCAGGGAGCCACGCCCCUUCACUAUGGAGCCCAGAGCAACUACGCCGAGACGGUGGGGGUGUUCCUGUCGCACCCCUCGGUGAAGGACGAGCCCGACCUGGAGGGGCGCACCGCCUUCAUGUGGGCUGCCGGCAAGGGCAGUGAUGAGGUCAUCCGCACCAUGCUGUCCUUCACCUCCGGCAUGGACAUCAACAUGGCCGACAAGUACGGGGGCACGGCCCUGCAUGCAGCCUCCCUCUCCGGCCACGUGAGCACGGUGCACCUGCUGCUGGAGAAGGGUGCCAUGGUGGACUCUCUGGACGUGAUGAAGCACACGCCGCUGUUCCGGGCCUGUGAGAUGGGGCAGCGAGACGUCAUACUCACUCUCAUCAAGGGCUCAGCGCGCGUUGACCUGGUGGACGUGGACGGCCACACGGCCCUUCACUGGGCCGCCCUGGGCGGGAACGCUGAGGUGUGCCAGGUGCUGAUGGAGAACGGGAUCAGUCCCAACGUGCAGGACCAGGCGGGGCGCACUCCUCUGCAGUGCGCUGCGUACGGGGGCUACAUCACCUGCAUGGCGGUCCUCAUAGAGAACAACGCCGACCCCAACAUCCAGGACAAGGAGGGGAGGACUGCUCUCCACUGGUCCUGCAACAACGGCUACCUGGACGCUGUCAAGCUGCUCCUGGGGUACAAAGCCUUCCCCAACCACAUGGAGCACACGGAGGAGAGGUACACGCCCCUGGACUACGCUCUGCUGGGGGAGCACAGCGAGGUGACUCAGUUCAUGCUGGAGCACGGCGCCCUGUCCAUCGCCGCCAUCCAAGACAUCGCGGCCGCCUCCAUCCAGGCGGUGUACAAGGGCUACACGGUGCGCAAGGCCUUCCAGGAGAGGAAGCAGCUGUUCAUGAGGCACGAGCAGCUCCGCAAGGACGCCGCCAAGAAGCGGGAGGAGGAGCAGCGUCGACGGGAGGUGCAGCAGCAGAGCUCCGUGGCCCUCGCCGAGUCGGGCCGGACGCCAGCAGAGCAUCAGCGGCAUUCCUUGGCCAACAAGAUGAACGGAUUGGCCCUGCAUGACCCGGUGCCGGAGCCGAGGAAGGCCUCCAAAGCAGAACGCCUCAAGGCCAAAGAAGAGCUCCGGAAACAGAAAGCACACACCAGGAGUCGAGGCUCUCGGAGGAGCAGGGAGACGGAGUCACAUGACGUCCCCGGCGUCCAGUGUCACGUGACCACCUCCAAGCUGAAGGAACGCUCCCCCUCCGCAAGCUGCGGGAGGCUGCCCAGCCCAAACCCCAACCCCAGCCCCAGACCCAGCCCCAGACGCCCGACCACAGCAACUGCCACGGCCACGGGACCGCCCUCGCCCAGCGCACGCCCCGGCGCGGCCGGUGCCCCGUUGCCGAGCCUCAGAGAGGCUCUGGGGUCCGCGGGGCGUGCUGCCCUCCGCCUGGCUGACACAGAAAGCACGCCUCUCCGGGCCGGGGACCAAAACCAGGAGUGGGGCCCCGAGGGCCAGGCCCUUUCAUUGAGGUGUCGCUCCGCCCCCAACCACAAAACCCCUUCCGGCAGGACACACCGUGCCGCCACACACACGCCCUUCCCCGUGUGCACACCGAGGGAACGCGGCACGCAGCCCUCUCAGCAUGGGAGGAGGAAUGAGGCUGCAGGCACCAUCCAGAGGGCCUGGAGAAGGUUUAGAGCGAGAGAACGCCCGCAGGAGGGCGGGCCCUUGGAGUGGGCGGAGUCAAAGAAUCCAAGCCACACCCCUAACAGGAAGAAGACUGAAUUAAGGGCGCAAUCCGCUAAGUUAACAGCCAAUAAGAACUCAGUGCUGCAAAGCAUAUAUGGAAACUCCAUGGCCAGACGGGGGCGCUCCCUCAGAAGCGCCCAAUCACAGAUGCUCCUGGACUUGUCUCUACGCACCGGGAGUCAGCUGAGUGGGAUAGACUGCGUCCACCUGGGGGACACCCUUAGCCAGGCCACCCAGUACUCGUACCACCUGAGACCCCAGAGCUCUGGACAGGCGUGCAGGGGUCGGGGGAAGUACUGAGACCGCUUCACACUAUACUGUCCAAUAACAGACGUCUCGGACGUCUCCCAGUCCACACAGCGGUCUGGAGGACGUUUGCAACCAGCGGAGGAAACUAUCCAUAUUUGCCACAUUGACUGCCUCGAUAGUCUCAUAAAUAUUCAAUCCUAUAACUUCUUAAUGAUAUAAAAAUAACCAAGUAACACAGGACCUAAUAUGGAGAUGAACGGUGUAGUGUUGAAGCCGCUGAGAUCCUGACCGAACAAGGAUAAAAAACGAUUGGCUUUGGAUUACGAGUUAAAUGACUGUGGUUCACAGGUGAACCACAGUGAGAGGAAUUAAAUGGUUGUCUCGCCUACCUGGGCUUCACAAACAGGUGGUCAUGGCUGUGGCUUGUUAAACACACACAACACACAUAUCCAAGCUGGCAGCCUGCCUUCCCUUCUAUAGCUGUACUGGGGAGGGGUACAAUAAGUGUUUUGUAAAAAAAAAAAAAGGAAUGUCCAUGACACCAGGCUGAUGACCUCACAGGCGGGGUUAAUUUGACUGAGUUGUGUGUAAAAGAUAACCUUUAAUCCAUUGUGGAAGGAAACACAGAAUAGUGCAUGUACGCACAAACACACACUGAUAACCUUUCUGUUGAGGGGAGUGAGGCAGUCAAUCAGCAGCCAGUGAUACAGCCUGCCCACCUGCAGCCCAACACGUGGAACACAGCAGGCUGCUCUCUCAUUGCCAUCUUUGCCAAUUGGCAUUUGCAUCUUGCACAAACUAAAUCUAAACUUGUACUACAAUUUCCACUUGUGUUAUAAGUAUAUACCUCGUAAUGUGUAUUCUUACGUGUAUGUUUGAGGUAACUCUAAAAAAUAAACAAAUUGAAAACGUU